ACUUACAUUAUGGUGAGAGGCGAGUACUUACCUCACGUACCACUAGUGAGUGGUUAUCGUGGUUGAAGGUGGUUAUCGUCCCUGAUAACACCUUGUACAACCCGUCAGUACUGCCCAACUGCCUCCUCUCACACACAUACUGUUUGAGCCAUUAUUCGACAUCAUAGAGAUUCAGAUAACACCCAUAGGAAAAUGGAGAACAAUUCAGUGUUGGAACCUCUCCAUAGCGAGAAGGAAUUGCAACAACAGUGGCUGGAAAAACUUUUCUUAAAAAAACUUGGCUCUCUUGUGACUGUUCUUUCAUGGCAUUGUGUUACCCCUAGUGAUCGUGAAGGGUUUUUAAGUGAUAUUGCCUUUGUGAAAGUUAGGUAUACAAGCCAAGAUAUAAAAGAAACUGAAAGCCAACUAGUUUUUAAAUUUCUUCCUCAAGAUGAUGUAAAAAAGCAAUUUGUAUUGGAUGGAGGUCUUGCAGAACGUGAGGCAGAGUUUUAUAAGAUUACCAGGAAUCCAGUAUGUCGGGAAAUUUGCCACAAAAGUGGAAUAGUCUUGCCAGUUCCUGAAUGCUACUUUGCUGGUUAUACUGAGGACUGUAUAACUAUUGUGAUGCAAGAUCUGAACACUGAAAAUUACAAAACUUUGAUUGUAAAAGAGGGCAGCACAGUAGCUCAAACUAAAACAGCUUUAAGGGCUAUUGCUGUUAUACAUGCCAUUGGGUACUUGUAUUUGGCACAAUACAAAGGUGCAGGAAACCUAGGCACAAUUGCUCAGCCAGUGAGUUCAGAUAUUCUUGACCAGUUAUUCAUUCCAAACUUACAAACUCUUGCAAAAAUGUAUGAAGGUACUCCAACUGCUGAUACCAUAAAAAUGCUAAUACCCUUUACUACAUCACUUCAUAAUUAUCCACUUAAAUAUCCACUUUUCAACACAUUUCUACACGGGGAUUAUUGGGCAGGACAGCUUCUGUUUUCUGAUGAUGAGACUAAAGCCAUAAUUAUAGAUUGGCAAUUUUUUUACAUUGGUAACCCAGUAUGUGAUAUCAUGGCUAUGUUUUUUAUGAGCAGUGAUAUAAAUGUUUUAGAAAAUCAUUUAGAAGAGGUGAUGAAUGACUACUGGUCCACAUUCACCAAAGUUAUCAAGGCUAAUGGAACAGAAAUUAAUAUUACCUUUGACCAACUAAUGACUAAUGUAGAAGAUCUUUGGGUGUCUGGUUUUAUUAUCCUUGUAGCAAGCAUUCAUGAUUUCAUUCCUGCUGGGAACUUAACUGAUGAACGAUUGAGAGCAGCAAUUAAGUUUUUGGAAAAUAGAGGAAUGUUUACAAAACUCAUAGAUGAGUUAAGCUGCCAUAAAUUAUGAUCUGUUUUUUAAUUUCUCAUGACCAGGUUAUAUCCUAUAGCAUAUUGCAAAAGUCAAGUAUUUACAAUAAUUCUGAAUGGAAAUGUGGUACCUGUACAAUAUUUUAAUAUUGAAUUGCUAUGCACCAGAGCUUAUAAUGAUAUUACCAUCAGUUACUUCAGACAGAAUGCAUGAAAAAGCAUUAAAUCACCAUACAAAUAUAGUGUAGGAUGAUAUCAGGACUAUUUCUCUGACCCUAUUAGCACAUCUUCAUGCAUUUAGAUUUGUUUUCAGCAAUUGGACACCAUACUGUAUUUCAAUUUGCAAAGAGUUUGUCUGUUAACUAAUUCUUCAAGGCACACCAUGGGUUCUGGUCCAUUACAAUCAGUUUAAGCAAUUUCGCACUAAACUACAAUAACUAUAUCUAACAAGGUCUCUGCCUUUAUUUUGCCAGAUAAAAGAAGUUUUCCUUUACUGUUGUUGUUACAUUUUACUGCACUGCCUGCAAUAUAAAGUCUCACUGGGUAGGAGGUUAAUUAAAGUACUGUAUAGAACAAUGCUUGAAACUUGCCAUAUAUUACAAUAUUUUUGUGUAUAAUACUGUAUUGUAUUAUAUUAUUGAUGAUACAAUGGUGAUAUGGUCCUGGGUACAGCGGUCUAGUGAUGUGGGGUUGCAUCCUCAGCUUACAACAGAGUUUUCCAGGUUUGCUCCCCAUGCUGAACAGAUGGUUGGGCACGUUUUAUUUCAUUUGACGCUUAUGUUUAUUUAACAGUAAAUAGAUACCCUGGAGUUAGGCAACUGAAUAAGUCUAAUGAAGUUCCUGUCCCUGGCUAUGGGAAACCAUAAAGUGAACUAUAUAAAGAAACUAAGAAUUUUGCAGUAAAUUGUGACAAAUGAUGACACUCUUGGUGGACUACCAUCCUUGGUAAAAUUAAAAAAGUAGUCCCUAUUUGUCUGUCAGAGUUAGGCAUCAUUGUACUGCACUAUUAUGCACUAUCCACAUCAUUUUUAUUGUUUAGGUUUAUAUUCCUUGAAAUGUGGUGUAGUCUUUCAAACAGGACUUGAUAAUGUACAUUUUAAACCU